CGGAGCUGGAGUUCGUUCAGAUAAUCAUCAUUGUGGUGGUCAUGAUGGUUAUGGUCGUGGUAAUAACGUGUCUCCUCAAUCACUACAAGCUUUCAGCACGGUCGUUCAUUCACCGACACAGCCAAGGGAGGAGGCGAGAAGAGAACCUGUCUUCGGAAGGAAGCCUGUGGCCUUCAGACAGCACAGUUUCAGGAAACGGCGUAGCAGAGCACAUAUACACACCUAGACCCUCGGACAGACUCAGCAUCCCACCCUUCCUUCAGCGAGAUCGCUUCAGCCGGUUCCAGCCCACCUACCCAUACAUACAGCACGAGAUCGACCUUCCGCCUACCAUCUCCCUAUCGGAUGGCGAGGAGCCACCGCCUUACCAGGGGCCCUGUACGUUGCAGCUCCGUGACCCCGAGCAGCAGAUGGAACUGAACCGAGAAUCUGUGCGGGCUCCCCCCAACCGAACAAUCUUCGACAGUGACUUAAUCGACAGCUCCCUCUACGGAGGCCCCUGUCCGCCCAGCAGCAACUCCGGAGUGAGCGCCACUUCCUACGGCAGCAACGGCAGGAUGGAAGGUCCUCCUCCCACUUACAGCGAGGUCAUAGGUCAUUACCCAGGAUCCUCCUUUUACCAGCACCAGCAGCAAAACAUGGGCACGCCCUCCAUAUUGGAACACAACAGACUACAUUUGCAAAGCAAUGGUCACGACAGCACAGCGUCAAGGAGCAAAGAUAAGGACAAGCAAAAAGGACAGCCGUUUUAG